GUUUGCAAACAUGGCGAUCUCUGUGGAACGAACGUAACUUUUUUAUGCUAUGAGCGCAAAAAGUUAUGUGCUUCGGCAUGCUUAUUUCUAAGUGUAAAAAACAACCUUAAGUUGUGUGAAGUUACGAAAAAUGGCAUCCGGGGAUACUUCUGCCACUGUGGAUACAACAAGGGAUUUUCUUAGAUCAUUUUCGGUGAUCGAAAAUGUUGAAGCUGAGGAAUCCGAGUCGUCUGAUUCAGAUUUUGAUGAACUAACCCCCAUACCAGAAACACCAGGGGAAACUCUAGAGGAUAAUACUGAUGCUAUUGACGACGACCCGGAUAUAACUGGCACCAAGGUCAUCCCCUACAGCCAUGUCUUCAAGCCAGCCGUGCCUUUCUCUGGUCAGCGUGAGCACUGCUGGCUACCUGGCGUGCCUGUCCACGUGGAUCUCAAACUGGAGGACAGGCAUCCAACUGUUAACCUACUUAACCCUAACCUGUACAAAAUUACAGUCUUCCAUGGCGAGUUCACCUGGGUCAUCUUCAGGAGGUACAAGCACUUCAAGCAGCUCCAUGACUCGCUGGCCAUGUUCCGCGCCAGAUACCGCAUACCCCUGCCCAAUAAACAAUAUCACCAAAGAAGGGCGACCAUCAUGAAAGAUAUCAAGGUCCACAAUAAGAGACAGAAGAACAAGCAGCAGAAGCCAGUCAGGCUGCCCAAGAGACCAGAGACUUUGGUUAGAGAGGACCACAUUCCAACACGCAUGAAACACCUGAAAGAAUAUCUAGAGAACUUGAUGACAUGCAGGUCUUACAGAAACCAUCCUGAGACUCUCAAGUUUUUUGAAGUGAGCCACUUAUCAUUUGUGAACAAGUUAGGGAUCAAGGCCAAGGAGGGGCUGAUAGAGAAGUGUUCUGGGGGUCGGAGGAUCAAUAUACAAUGCUGCGGCUGUCUUAGGAAUGUGCACUUUGCUGGCACUUGGAACAAGCGGUGGCUGGUUGUGAAAGAUAAUUUUAUCCUGUACGUGAGGCCAGAGGAUGGCCAUAUCAGUGAUGUCCUGCUGAUGGACUCGGCCUUCUCAGUCAAACAUGGCCUCUCUAACACAGGGGCCAAACAUGGUGUGCUCAUUGAGAAUAUAAGCAGAAAGCUGCUGAUCAAGUGUUGGACAACACGUAAAGCCAAGGAAUGGGCCAGGGAAAUAGAAGACACAGCCAAAAGACUAGCAACAGACUACAUUGAACACAAUAGGUUUAGUUCUUUUGCUCCUGCCAGGGAGUCUACUUAUGCCAGGUGGUUUGUUGAUGGGAGGAGCUACUUUGAGGCUGUUGCUGAUGCCCUGGAGAAAGCCAAGGAGGAAAUCUACAUCACAGACUGGUGGCUGAGUCCAGAAAUUUACUUGAAGAGACCAAUUGUGGAUGGUGACAAAUGGAGACUUGAUGUCGUACUCAAGAGGAAGGCAGAAGAGGGUGUGAAAGUGUUUGUGCUGCUGUAUAAAGAAAUCGAGGCAGCGCUGACCAUCAAGAGUAGUUACAGUAAACAGACACUUGUGUCUCAGUGUCCAGAAAAUAUUAAGGUAUUGAGACAUCCAGAUCACAUCCCAGGCAAAGGUGUCUUGCUGUGGGCCCAUCAUGAAAAGCUGGUCAUCAUUGACCAACAGGUGGCCUUCACAGGUGGUUUAGACUUGUGCUAUGGGAGAUGGGAUGAUGAGUAUCACAGGAUGACAGACCUUGGGUCCAUCAGUCUAAUGCCAAAAAACGGAAAUGGUCACAACGCUUCAAACAACUUUAUCAACUCCAGCAACACGGAAGUCUCUGUGCUGACAGAUGACAGUGAGGACAAUACAUCAGAAGCAAGCCCUGCUAAACUUCCUGACUCUCCUGCUUUUAGAGGCAGCAAACAACACAGACACAACCUGGGUGUCCGGUACCAGGUCCACCAACCAGCAGUCCAAUCGCCUGCAGGGGGCUCAAAGUCACCCGUGGAAUCAGGUAAACUUAGCCCCAAACCUGAUAAACGCCACGAGCCGAUUGAUGCCAAUGUCGUUGUCAUGGUAACCGAUGCCAGUGAUGAAGAAAACAAUGAUAGUGAUGGGGACCUAGCGUCUAGGUACAGCAACAGUUCUGCGAACACGUCCAACAGCUCCUGCAUGGAGGCGUGUCAGUCCAGUAUUAACUUCAAGUAUGUGAACACUGGGGAGGAUGGCGACGCCCCCGGGGCAGCAGGCAGCCGCCCCCUCCUGCGGCAGCAGUCCUCGGUGGUUGACGUGGAGGGUCUCAACGCCACCACACUGGAGGAAAUCAACCAGUCUAUGCAACCUUUCAAAGACAUUUACAAUGACAGCUACUUUGAGCAUUCCCGGCCAAGCAGCGAGCUAAGUUUAAAAGUACCCAACGACCCCGGGGCCUUGACCUAUCACACUUUGGUCGACAAGGAAAUCAUAUGCUGCGCCGAGGCUGACGACAUUCCAAAAAAUCUCAUGAAAAAUAAACAUUCGUCCAGAUCGCCAACAGCUGGGAGGAAGGGCAAGAACAGGCCACACUCUUUGUCCCCAAACAGGAAUGGGACGAAAAGUCCAAAGCAAUCCCCAUCUUCAAAAAGGAGAGAAAAAAGUGAGGAAAGAAAACAGUCAACAGCCAGUUCAGGGGUCAAGGCUUCACAUUUGUGGAAGAGACGCUCUAAGAAUAAGAGCUUAGAACUGGUCAUCCCAAACAGGAAAGAAACAUUCCAAAAAACUUCUGUAGGAGAAAUUUCUGAAAAUGGUGCCUCCGAAAGUAGCGCCGGCAAUAAACUAAAAAACGGGAAAUCGCCAGGUUUAAAAAAAGAUAAAAGUAAAUUAACCGCAGAGGAGGAGCCGAAAGUCCGUGCCAACAGUGACUCCUCAGGUACGGCUGAUCUCAUAGUUCCUGACAAACCAGGACAGCAGGCAGGAGAAACUACUGCUAAAGACGCGCCUGGAACUUCAGGAAUCUCCAACAGUGCCUUCAGCUUCUCCAACACAGUGAGCGCCGUCAACGCCCUGAGGAAGAUGAUGCAGCGCAAGGAGCAGAACAACAAUGAAGAGGACAACGUCUCAGUCAGGUCCAACGAGGACAAAGCCAGCGCCGCCCGGCGGAGGUGGAGGAUGAUCUUCAACGUGACCAAGUUUGAAACAAUUGUACGCACGCCGCAGGUCCCAGAGAGGAUUGAUGAGAGUCUGUUCUACAACCAGAAUAUCAAACAUCCUACUACAAGGAAAAGAUUAGUCAGAACUUUCAAAGAAGGUGUGGACAAGUUAAAAAGGCAGGGCAGGAGAGACAGCAUAGAGGAGAUGAAACAGGAGGGCAGCAAUUUGAACGUCCCGCGGGGCAUGUACCACACGGAGAGCGAGGAGGACAUUUUGGAGAGGGGGCUGCUCGGCUCUGCUAGGUUGUGGAUUGGCAAGGAUUAUGUCAACUUUAUCUACAGGGAUUUUCAAAACUUGCACCAGCCUUUUGAAGAUUUUAUUGACCGCACCCAGUAUCCCAGGAUGCCUUGGCAUGACAUUGGUUGUGUUGUCUAUGGGAAAUCAGCGCGUGAUCUGGCCAGGCAUUUUAUCGGCAGGUGGAAUUUCACCAAGCUGGAGAAGUUCAAAAGAAAUAUAAACUUUCCACUACUGAUACCAAAAACAGCAUCCAAAGAUUACAUUCCUUCCUCAAUCAAAGAUAUAACAUUUGAAGUAAAAGCUCAAGUAUUAAGAAGCAGCUGUGGCUGGUCAGCUGGUAUAGGUCAACCAGAGGACUCCAUCCAGGCAGCAUAUGAACACUGUAUAGAAAAUUCCAAGGAUUAUAUAUACAUAGAAAAUCAGUUUUUUAUCACACUGGUGGGACAGAACAAUCAUGUCAAUAACUGUAUAGGCAAUGCUCUGUACAAGCGCAUUCUUCGGGCUCAUAGAAGUGGCAGCAACUUCCGAGUCUAUGUGGUGAUGCCACUGUUACCUGCCUUUGAAGGUGAGUUUGGGACCAGCACAGGUGUGGCCCUGCAGGCAGUGACCCACUGGAACUACUCCUCCAUCUGCAGGGGCGGCAACUCUCUGAUGCAGCGGCUGGCCAAGGAUAUCCCUGACCCCAACAAGUACAUUGUCUUUUGUGGUCUCAGGACGUGGGACACUUUGAACAAUAAGCUGAUGACGGAGCUGAUUUAUGUGCACAGUAAGCUGAUGAUUGUUGACGACAACACUGUGAUCAUUGGGUCAGCUAACAUCAAUGACCGCAGCCUGCUGGGCACGCGAGACAGUGAGAUAGCCGUCAUGUUUGAGGACGUCCAAAAGGUGGACGUCACGGUCAAUGGGAAAAAAUAUCAAGCUGGGAAGUUUGCGUCUUCACUGAGGUGGACAAUAUUUAGAGAACAUCUGGGUAUCCACAAGGACCCAGACUUUGUAGAUCUGACGGACAUCACGAGUGACAGUUUCUAUAAAGAUGUCUGGGUCAAGCGUGCAGCAGUCAACACAACUUGCUUUGACAAGGUCUUUCACUGCCUGCCCACUGACAGCGUGAAAAACUUUGUGGAGUUAAGAAAUUAUCAGAGUUCUCCCCCCUUAGCACAGACUGAUGAAGCAGAGGCCAGGAAGUUGUUGCAGAAGGUCAAAGGUUACCUGGUGCUGAUACCCCUGAGGUUUUUACAUGAGGAGAACCUGGCUCCUAAAGUGGGACAGAAAGAGGCUUUACUUCCCACGUACCUCUGGACGUGAUUGGUUGUUUUUUUUUUCUUGUAACGAUCACUCAAAUUAUUUUUGUGAUCUUGACUUUUGUAAACAAUCUUUGGCUCAGUUUUUCUUUCAACUUGAUGAAAAGAUUAAAGUGAUUUUGUGAUUCAAGUCCAAAAUUUAUUUUCAACAAAAGUGACGUUGAGAUAUUUAAGACAAUAAUAAAUCGACAAAAAAAAAAAAGAAAUUCAAUCGACCUUCAAGACCUGAAGUCCACAGUGAUAAAAAGUAAAUGUUUCUUACAACCAAGAUGUUGGAGUACCAAUGUGACAGUAUCAGAAACUGGAGAAAGCAUCUUUCAUUUAAUUUAAAAUGUUCUAUCAACCACCAGGUACUGUUUAAUUUAUUUAGAAGUGACUUUAAAAUAUUUUCUUAAACUAACCUGUUUAUUUUACAAACAAUAACCAAUUUAAUAUUAAAAGCUGGGCUUUUAAUAACCACUGUACCUUUGUUGAAUGCCGUCUAAGCAGUUUUAAGCUUAACGCGGACCUUUGUUGUUUUCCAUCUGGUUUACCGAAACUAAAAUGUGUUAUCUUAGGCUUCCCUUGGUUUGUUGACUACAUACUCCAUAUCAUUCCUUGUAAUAAUAAAAAAAAUAUUUAAUUUAUAUUAUAUCACAAUCUUCAGGAAGGUAGCUGAUGAUUAUUUCUUUGAAGUAAUAUUUAUGAGGAUAGUUUUGUGUUGACUGAUUUCAUUGCUGUGCUGUAUGUGAGUUUACUGCUGUGUGGUGUAUAUUUUUAUGGAUGUUAAUAUCUGCAAUAAAUGUAUCACACUAGGUGAUAAAUUACAUUGUUAUUUUUCAAAUAAGUUUACCACUUUCACUUUGUGAAUAGUAAUCAUAAUAAGGGGUUCUAUAAUAUUAGCAUAAUUUUUUUUUUAAUUUAUGAAUUUCCUUACGCCUCUUUAAAAUAACUACAAUUUUAACAAAUUCGUAACCCCAGAAUUGAGUUAUGCUUAGGAUAAAAGUGUUUUAAUUUAUGACCCAUUUUCUAUACUUACUACCACUUACAUAUGCAUUUGUUACCAGAUUUUUUAAAAGCUGAUUUAGAUAUAUCUAUACACAAGUCACAAGGUACACUUUUUAUAAGGUCUUAAUUUUCUUUGCUUUCUAAUUAAUUUUUGCCCAGAUUCAUACUUGUUGACCAGAUUAGCUUUAUAUUAGCUUUAUUAUUAGUUUUAGAGGACAUAUUCUAAGUAUACCUGCAUAAUUCCUAUAUAACCCAGACAUUCAUAAUAACCGAUACAAAGUAUUUCAAGUACAUUUUCACU